ACCAAAAUCCGAAGGCAUGAUGGUAGCCUCCUCUGGCGCUAUCCUGCGAGCUUCCAGACUCGGCCGACGGGGCCUCCUGCCAGGGUCUCCAAAGCUGUGGCAUGGUGGCCGCGUCUCUGGGGCCCCCGCCCGGAACACUGCGACCUGGAGCCUGGAGCCCGCGGGUCGCUGCGGCUGGGACGAGCCCGUGCGCAUCACCGUGCGCGGCCUGGCCCCGCGACAGCCCGUCACGCUGCGCGCGUCCCUGCGCGACGAGAGGGGCGCGCUCUUCCGCGCCCACGCGCGGUACGAAGCCGACGCCGGCGGCCUCCUGGACCUGGCGCGCGCGCCCGCGCUGGGCGGCAGCUUCGUGGGGCUCGAGCCCAUGGGGCUGUUCUGGGCCCUGGAGCCCGAGAAGCCCCUGGUGCGGCUCGUGAAGCGGGACGUGCAGACGCCCUUCGCCGUGGAGCUGGAGGUGCUCGACGGCCACGAGUCCGACGCGGGUCGUGUCCUGGGCCGGGCGGUGCACGAGCGCGAGUUCCUGCGGCCGGGCGUGCGGCGGGAGCCGGUGCGCGCGGGCCGGGUGCGCGCCACGCUCUUCCUGCCCCCAGAACCAGGACCCUUUCCUGGGAUUGUGGACAUUUAUGGAGUUGGAAGUGGCCUUCUGGAACAUCGAGCUAGUCUGCUGGCUGGCAAGGGUUUUGCUGUGAUGGCUCUGGCUUAUCAUAACUAUGAAGACCUCCCCAGAGGCCUGGAGAUCCUCCACCUGGAGUACUUUGAAGAAGCUGUCAACUAUCUGCUGGAUCACCCUCAGGUAAAGGGUCCAGGAGUCGGGCUGCUUGGCAGCUCCAAAGGAGGUGACCUCUGCCUCUCCAUGGCGUCGUUCCUGAAGGGCAUCACCGCCACGGUCUUAGUCAAUGGCUCCGUGGCCAAUGUCGGGGGAGCCUUACACUACAAAGAUGAGAUCUUGCCCCCUCUGGGCUUAGACCCAAAUCGAGUAAGGCUGACCAAAGAUGGCUUGGCAGACAUUGUGGAUGUCCUGAACAGCCCUUUGGAAGGAGCUGACCAGAAGAGUUUCAUUCCUAUAGAAAGAGCUGAGAGUGCCUUCCUGUUCCUUGUAGGUCAGGAUGACCACAACUGGAAGAGUGAAUUCUAUGCUAAUGAGGCCUCUAAGCGCUUGCAGGCCCAUGGUAGGAAAAAGCCCGAGAUCAUCUGUUACCCUGAGACAGGACACUACAUUGAGCCUCCCUACUUCCCCCUGUGCCGGGCUUCCCUACACACCUUGGUGGGUGGUCCUGUCAUCUGGGGUGGGGAGCCCAGGGCUCAUGCCACGGCCCAGGUGGAUGCUUGGAAGCAGCUCCAGACUUUCUUCCACAAACACUUGGUGGGGAAAAGUUAGGGGGACUCUCCUGAAAAUAUAGCCCACUAUUUGAAGGUUAGGAGAGUGAGACUAACAUACGCUAGCAGCAACAGUUAAAGACAGUUCACCUGGGGUGCCUGUCUGUCAAAUAAAUAAACAAAAUCAUUUUUUUUUAAGAUUUUAUUUAUUUAUCUGACAGAGAUCACAAGUA